AUGACAGUGGAAACCAAAUACAGCAAUGUCAAUGACUCAAGUCAGGAAGGAGAACCUGACCAGCUUUUGGAUGAUGAAGGAAACAAAAAUCCACCAGCCAAAAAGACUUCCUCUUGCACUGGAUUGAAGGUAUUUCUGGCUGCUCUGUCAUUCAGCUACUUCAGUAAAGCCUUGUCUGGUACGAUAAUGAAAAGCUCUAUCACUCAGAUUGAGCGGAGGUUUGACCUGACAUCAUCUACUGCAGGUUUCAUCGACGGGAGCUUUGAGAUGGGCAACUUGCUGGUGAUUGCAUUUGUAAGCUAUUUUGGAGCUAAGCUUCAUAGGCCCAAAGUAAUAGCUGUGGGAUGCUUUACUAUGGCUUUGGGAUGCUUUUUAUCAGCCAUGCCUCAUUUCUUCAUGGGAUACUAUAAGUAUGAGACAACAUCACAUACAGGUGCUUCAGCCAACUUAACUUCCAGCACAAAUCCCUGCACCCUCCAUCAAGAUGUGAAUGACACUGUUCUGGAAGUCUCACGAUCAGGCUGUGAGAAGGAGCCAUCAUCAUACAUGUGGAUAUAUAUCUUACUGGGAAACAUGUUACGUGGGAUUGGUGAGACACCAAUAACACCACUGGGCAUCUCUUACCUUGAUGAUUUUGCUAAAGAAGAGAAUGUUCCUGUGUAUGUAGCAUGUUUGCACACAAUAGCCAUGAUGGGCCCCAUGUUUGGUUUCCUGUUGGGAUCUCUAUGUGCAAAACUGUACGUGGAUAUUGGAUUUGUGGAUCCAGGGAGCAUCACUAUCACCCCACAGGAUUCCCGCUGGGUGGGUGCAUGGUGGCUUGGCUUUUUAAUAGGUGGAAUAACCAGUUUCCUAUCUGCUAUUCCAUUCUGCUUCCUGCCAAGGAGUCUGAAAAAGCCAGAUGAAGCUAAUAAGGACAAAACUUCUCAUGGUCUCUUGGAAAGCAUGGGUGCCAUGAGGAACAAACUUUCUCCUGAAAAAACUAAGCCAAGGAAGUGGUCAUUAAUGCUGAAAGAUUUCUAUAACUCCCUGAAAAAAGUAUUGGGUAAUCGAAUGUACUUUACAUUUUUGUGUUGCUCACUGUUACAGUUCAGUGGUUUUAUUGGGUUCUUGACUUACAAACCAAAGUACAUGGAACAGCAGUAUGGACAAUCUACAUCCAAAUCCAACUUUCUAAUAGGAAUUACAUCCUUACCUCCUGUAGGCCUUGGAAUUUUCCUAGGAGGGCUUAUAAUGAAAAAGUACAAAAUGGGCAUCAUUGGAGCAACAAAGUUUUCAUUUAUCAUGUCAUUUUUGUCCUAUGCUAUCAGUUUGCUACACUUUUUUGUUGGCUGUGAUAACUAUGUGGUGGCAGGAAUGACAGUGUCCUAUGAAGGCAACCCCAUUCCGUACCACAACAAUUCUUUAUUUUCUGCAUGCAACUCUCACUGCAAAUGUGCCUCCAACGUGUGGGAUCCUGUGUGUGGAGCCAAUGGAAUCACCUAUGUUUCGGCAUGUCUGGCUGGGUGCACCACUUCCACGGGACAUGGAAAGAACACAGUCUUCCAUAACUGCAGAUGUCUUGAAAUCAACAGUUCAUGGUCAGGAAACACUUCUGCCACCUUGGGGCAGUGUCCAAAAAAUGAUCAUUGUUCGAUGAAGUUCAUUUAUUACACAGUCAUACAAGUCAUAGGUGGGUUUUGCUAUGCCCUGGGAGCCACUCCUUCAUACAUGCUUAUAUUUAGAUGUGUUCAGCCAGAGUUCAAAGCUCUCGCAGUUGGUCUAUACACACUCGUUAUGAGAAUGCUGGCUGGGAUUCCAGCACCAGUUUAUUUUGGGGCGGCCAUCGACAGGACAUGCUUGAAAUGGGGAAGAACCAGCUGUGGGAAGCAAGGGGCUUGCAGGCUCUAUGACUCCAAUGCACACAGGUAUGUCUUCCUUGGUUUAGGAGCAAUUUUAAGAGGUCCUUCCUUCUUGGUUGGAAUAAUUUUUUAUACAUUGAUAAAGAAACACUUUCAAAACAAGAACUCCAGGCCUCUAGAGAAUGGACAAGAAGAUGCUGCUGUGAAUAAAGAAGACAACUGCAAGAUCAAAGAACGUUUACCAGGUUCUUCUGAUGCAGAGAAUGAAUCCUCUAUCUAG